AGAGAGAGCGACUCUCUCGUGGAGAAAAAUACUAUUUUAAAAUAAAGUCGUUUAGAGCUCGAGAGAACUAGAUCCCCUUGGGUAUCGAUAUACAGUCCACGUCAGGGAGAGGGAAGCGGUGGUGUGUAAUGGAAAAGGGGUAAAGGGAGAGACAUUUGGCUCGCUGUAGCUAACUUUUUACAGACGUGACUAGCUCGCCAACUGACAAACAGAUUGUUAAUACAAUGCCAUGGGAUUUAUGAAUUAACAUGAUCAACCAAGAGCUGAAGUUCACGCAAGCUCAUCCGUUGAGAGUGUAAAUAACGCCCGACCGAUUUAAUUUUGGACACAGUUUUUGAAGAAGACGAGAACAUGGCUGAUUCCUUUUGAAUAGCCGACUUUUGUUGUAAAAACAGUGAAGAGGGACUUUUUUUGUGCUCACUGUAUGUGCAUAGGAACCUGUUUUUCCACUGCUGCUUCGAUGUUCUUUUGUUUUCCGUUGUUUUCGUGACUGACAAUUCUCACGGAAACAUAGUCGCUCGCAGUCGGCACACAAGCUGUUCUGAUGGACUCCAGAUAACAGCACCACUCCUCAUCCUCCAGUCCCAACCUUUAACCCCCACCUCCUCCUUGUCUCCUUGGUGGUCUGGUUGGUCUGUUGGAGCCCCAGGAUGACAGACCCUAAUGGGUCUGUGGGAGAGGGCUUGGCCGAGGUGGAUGCCUGCAGCCUGGAGAUCGAGAGGCAGUAUGAGGUCAUCCCUACCGUCAUCUGCUCCAUGUGCUGCCUGUUCGGCAUCAUCUACUGCUUCUUCGGCUACCGCUGCUUCAAAGCUGUCAUGUUCCUGUCGGGCCUGAUGUUUGGCUCAGUCAUCAUCUUUCUGCUGUGCCACAAGGAGCGGGUGCUGGACACCCAACUGAGCGUGGAGGCCUCGGCGGGUAUUGGCCUGGGCAUCGGCCUGCUGUGUGGCCUGGUCACCAUGCUGGUGCGCUCCGUGGGCCUCUUCAUGACAGGCCUCCUUCUGGGCCUGCUGCUCGCCCUCGCCGCCCUUCUGGUCACCCACCAGUUCUACACCCCCACCACCGUCUGGGUGCCCCUGGGGGCACUGCUGGGCACGGGCAUGCUGUUCGCCGUGCUCACCCUGCAGUGGCAGAAGCUCUUCACCGUAUUGUCUACGUCCGUGUUCGGGGCAGCCAUCAUGACGGUGUGCGCCGACUACUUUGUGGAGAUGCUGGCGCUUGCCAGCCACGUGUACGAGUGCCUGAGACUUUCGCCACCGCCGCCGCUCUGCUGGUACAGCUGGGUGAUCCUGGGAAUCUGGCCGACACUCAGCUUUAUGGGGGUGCUGGUGCAGUGGAAGCUGACGGCUGAAGGCUUUUCACACACUGAGGUCAUCAUCAGCAGGAGGCAGAAGCGGGUCCAGUUGAUGCGGAUCAGGCAGAAAGAUGCCAAGAAGCGGCAGCAGAGCGGUGGACAAGAGGGCACUUACCGUCGCAAGCCUACCCCCAUCAAACGCUACGCAGGAGACCUGCUGGCACCGAGUUACCUGCAGAGUCUGAGGGACAGACAGAUGGGCACAGGCAACUCGCUCAGCAGCCUGGGCACUGCCAACCACACCAUGAUUGACUUUGACUACGAGACUGGCUCCACCGUGCCCCUCACCGCCACUACACCAGUCAUCAGGGUCUGAUGCACUGAGGGACAAGCAGGAGACCAACCACUUGUUUCUUGUCCCUCCUCCACAGUCCUCCUCCCCUACAGACUGCUAUUUUAGGGCCUCGGCUCUUAUUUAGGCAAUGUUCGAGUCUAUUGAAUAGUGAAUCUACCUUCCAUUGAGCUGGAAUAGGGCCUUGAAUGCUGUCCAAGUGAAGAUCAAUGCACUAAUAGUUCCUAGCACAACUCCAGUGUAACUCAGCCUAUCAUUGUUGGACGUUUGGAAUGGCCGACUUGAGAGUGAUGGAAUGGUUCCUCUGUCUGUGAGCUGUUCCCUGAGAGCUGUUGGGAGGGACGUUUGGCCUCCUGUUUGUGCUGUAACCACUCUGUGUCAAUAGACUGUGCCUGUGUGGCCUCUCCCUGUGUUGUCUGCUCUGAGCGUGGGAGGUCCAUGUGAAAAGUUGGAAGGCCACUGA